AUGUCCCGGCCGGUGGACCUGCUGGCGCCCCUGGACAUCGGCGCCCUCGCCCAGUCAGGCGGCCGACCCGCGUUCGCCGCAUGGUCCGCCGCGGCGGGAUGGGUGCGUCCGUGCGUGAAGGUAGUGCUCGUCGUACACCUCAUGGCCGUGGUCGCUGGAGCGUGGAAGGCGGAGAACCUUGGGAACGACACCAGGGCUCUGCUGUUUGGCAUCGUAGAGACGGCCGUCGUGCUGGGCUACCAGGUGUUCCAAGGCGUCAUGGUGGUGGAUGACCUCAUGAUGGGCCGCAGGGCACCCGCAUCGCACGACCAGGUGUACUGGCCGCUCGCCAAGGGGCCCCUGCAGGCGGAGGCCGCGGGCGCAUCGGCGCGGGAGGGCACGGUCUCGAGGGACGGCAAGGGCGAGGAGCCGGGGGCGGAGGUCCCCGACAGGCUGGCGGGCUCCUGA